AUGGAGGAGUCGUUUCGGUACGACGCUGGUUGGUUUGACCGAGUCUGGUACAAAGACGCCUCGGUCCUUGCCUUGCAACUCGGCGCCUUCGCCGCUGGCGUCCUUGUAACGCGUGUUAACCCGUGGCUCGGCACCCUCGUGAUGGGGAUAGCGCACACCACGGGCGGCUGGCUCGCGCACGACAUGGUGCACGGUCGCGGGGGGUACUGCACCGCGAUGCGACACUACGGGGCGCUUAUGUGUGGGCUGAGCUCCAGGUGGUGGUCGGAGAAGCACAAUUUGCACCACGCCUUCACCAACGUUAUCGGGGCCGAUGAAGACAUCAUCGUAGAGCCCGCGCUGUGGCUCUGGGCGCCUGACGACGGUCGCGACAGGCCGUGGAGGAAGUUCCAGCACCUCUACUGGCCCCUGCCCUUCUCUCUCACGUUUCUGCUUUGGCGCUUUGGCUCCGUCAAGACCGCAAUUUCGGAGAAACUGAAGCUCGAGGGAGCUUUCUUGGCGCUGCACUACUGCUGGCUGCUGGCCCUGGUGCCCCUCCCCGUCGCGAUCGGGCACGUCUUCGUGGGCGGCUGGCUGACGGCGAUCAUCGUAACGGUGACGCACACGGCCGAGGAGUUCUCGGUGAAGGACGAGCCGGCCCACCCGUCUUCGCCCUUCGAGGAGGAGGGCGACGCUUCUUUCGUUGAGACCCAGUUCAAGACCACCAGGGAUGCUGUCUGCGGGGACCCGUUAUCGGAGCACUUGUGGGGCGGCAUGCAGUACCAGCUGGAACACCACUUGUUCCCUACUAUUCCACGCUACAAGUACCCCGAUCUCGUGCCACUGGUAAAGAAGUUCGCGGAGGAGAACGGCCUGGAGUACAGGUCCACUGGCAGCUGGGAGAUCAUACGGGACAACAUCAAGCAGCUGAAACGAGUAGGAGAAGCGCCGACGAACCCUGGAUCUCCUGAGCCCGGCCAGCUGGUGAUCAACAAACCAAUGUAGAAAAAGAAACAUCACGACUUACGACUAUUUUUGUCAUCAAUAUGGCAGUGUGGGUGGAAACUGACCAUCAGGAAUGCUUCAGCUAAUGUGCCUGAAACAAGUUUGUUUUGAUUGGCAUCGGUACCGCUUCAGUGUAGACUAUACAGUUGUCGAAGUGUAAACUCAGGCGUUCUUGCCCAACAAGAAGUGCUUGGAUGUCACGGAGGUCGGGCCGAUGAACAAUGUCGCAUGCCGUUGUAGCAGCACAGCGACAAUUAGGCUGUUUUUGUUGAGUUUACAACGGGGUGCAAAGGCAAAACUGCCCCCGUUCUUCACGUGUGGUCAGCCAGAACGUUUAGCGAUCGUUAGUUGGGUAGUGUAAUUAAUCUCGUGAGGAUAUCAAGCUUUUCCCCCCGUGUAGCAUGGCGGCGGUCGGUUGAUAGGGGGAUAUAGUUUCACCAUUCCUAAGGUGGCGUGAGGAUAAGGGGCGUGGCAGAGCGGGGAUAGAUAGGGGUGUUUGUGGGUGGGAAUUUCGGCGUGCGGUUAGAGACCCGCAAGCGAUGCUUUUAUCUGCGGCAGCGCGCCGUCUUUUUUGUCGGUUAGGCCAACAUGAUCUCCAGGCUUCGGGAAAUAGAAGAACAUAAAACAUGACGUGCUGCAGUGCAGCACGUCUCACUACCGGCGGCGUAGCUUGUUCAAGGUGCUGGGUACGGGGCGAAUGGAAGGUUGGGUUGGAUGAGCUCAUGCUAGGUGUUUGAGCUCGUUGCAACCUUUUAUUUCGUGAUUGGUGUUUAUUUGAGUGAAGACACGUUCUCCUUGUAUAUGCAUACGCAACACGCACGUGCGUGUUUUCUGGUUGUGCAUCGAAGACGGUAGGGUUGCGGUAGCAGCCCUGCCUUUUCCUUGCACGGACCAGGCGUUAGACCUUGUUAGCUCGACUUGUUUGUCGCACGAGCAGUGACACUUUUUGCGCCAAGGUCAAGAUGAGCUGAUGUUCGCCGUACGCAAUGAGCAUUUCCCCGACAUUUUUUUCGAUUGUUUUUUUGAGCGUUUUCCCGUCAGGCUGGUUCACGAUUGUAACGUUUACAUCGAGAGCCCCCGGGACAUGAUAGAGACAAUGAUUGAACUUUGUUUCCUCGAAGGUAUGUACGGAGAUGUGCAAGCGUCUGACUGCGCACUGUCGUCUUAGUUGGAAAGUGAAUUGCAUGGUCGGAAGCAUGGUUGAUGGCAUUGCGUCAGGAAUCUGCUUGCUGAAAGUGCUGAGACUAAAAAAAGUGAUUCCUCGAACGUACCGAGCGGUGCAUGUGCCUGAAGUCAAGGAUCGCGCACGCUCGUCGUAGUUGGAACAUGCAUUGUAUCGUCGGAUACAUGGUUGAAUGUGUUGUGCCAGGAAAACUGCUUGCUGUCAAUGUGCUGCUCUGCCUGUGUCGAGCGGGUCGGCUGUCAAAGCGCAGUCCUCGGCAGCACUACUCCUGUAGCAGGAUGUUGAUUUCUGUCGUGUAUCCGUUGACACGUUUUUUUUUCACAGUUAAGAGGCGAUCUGCGUGGUUGCCCAUGCGCAGGUACUAGUUCAUGCUCCUACUUGCGUCCGUGUUUGUUGAGAACCUGCGGCUAUCGAUGCCAUGGACAGUUGCGUAGCAACAACGUUUGGAUCCAUGUUUGCAGGGACAGCUUGAGUACGUAUGGCUGGAAAAAAACAGCGCAGCAGGUGUAUGGGAAAUGUUAAAUGCUUGAAAGAGGGUCGACCUAAUCACUGGUCCUUCCCGCGCGUCAGAGCAAGCUGCUAGGCUAGAGUACGUUUGCCCAGUUUUGUGAAGGCUGUAGACUAGUCUGUGUUGUCCCCGAGCGUGCUUUAUCGGGCAUGGGCAUGGCAACUAAACACGUUGGUCGCAGGUGGCAGUAGUCUGUUUCCCCGACUGCAUCUUGUGAGCAAAGAAACAGAGAGAUGCAGUGUUGAGGGGAAUCAGAAUCAGACGUUUUUUGGUUCGGAGUAGUCUAAACCAAUCAUCGUUGAAACCUCAUAAUCAGUCGACCAUCUGUAUCGCUUCCGAAAUUUCCUCGACGGGACAUUGAGAACUG